AUGGACAGGGCCAGGCGGCAGCAGGUGCUGACCCUCCUCCCCGUCUGCCUCGCCCUGGCCUUCUCCCUUGCCGCCAUGGUCAGCACCCACUGGUGCGAGGGGACCCGGAGGGUGGCAAAGCCUCUGUGCCGGGACCAGCCGGGCAGGCUGCACUGCAUUCACUUCAGCGGGGGCCACGGCAGCGGUGGCAGGAGGGACAACGGGACCCAGGCUGUCCAGUACAUUUGGGAGACGGGGGACGACAAGUUCAUCCAGUGCAGGUUCCACGUGGGGCUCUGGCAGUCCUGUGAGGAGAACCUCGGCAGCACAGGUGAAAAGUGUAGGAGUUUCCAGAGUAUAAUACCAGCUGAAGAACAAGGUGUUCUGUGGUUGUCCAUUGGGGCCGAAAUCCUGAAUAUCCUUCUGUUGUUGACAAGUGCCGUCCUCCUGGGCUCCAGAGUGAGUUAUCAUGGCUCUGGGUUCCACUUGCUCAGGAUGGACGCAUCUGUGGCCAUCCUCAUGGUGCUCGCAGGGCUUCUCAGCAUGGUGGCCCACAUGAUGUACACAACCAUUUUUCAAAUCACUGUGAACCUUGGACCAGAAGAUUGGAAGCCUCAGACGUGGGACUAUGGCUGGUCCUACUGCCUCGCGUGGGGUUCCUUUGCCCUCUGCAUGGCUGUGUCGGUCAUGGCCAUGAACAGAUACACAGCAGCCCGCUUGGAGUUCAUAGAGAAGCAGAGGAUACAGAAGGACAGUCGGCACUCUCAACAAAACUUCCCGGAACCCAAGGCUUUGGAAAGUGUUUGGGAAACAAAAGCUGCUCCCAGCCCUGACGGACAUGCCCUCGUGAGUGUGUCAGAGCACCUGCCACCAAGUGACCCAGGCAAAGUGUCCAUGUGCUGA